GGCGCCGGGAUUCAAAGCGUCGGUUGAGGCGGAAGUGGGCUGAAGCCGCCGCGGUGCCGGGAUGGUGCCACCCUUGAAGGAGCAGCCCCGGGGGGGCAGAGAGCACCCGGGGGGGCAUCAGGCGAGACCCCUGUGGCAGAGCUGGCGGGUGCUGGCCGAGAGGAACCAGAGCGUGGCCCCUGUGGGCGUCUGGGUGGAGGGUGCCCCAGGGGAGCCGGAGGAGAGCGUGGCCUUUGCUUCGGCGUUUCGGGUGGAGGAGGAGCUGAAGGAGCAGCAACGGGAGAAGGCAGCGAGCCUGAGCCGCUUCCAGGGAGAGGUGAAGCGGCGCGUGAACCAGCAGGUCAGGAUGCGAAGAAAGCAGCAGCUGCAGAAGUCCUGUGAAGCGGCAGAGAGGGAGAGCUCCGUCGCCGCGCAGUACUCGGACUCUGCGCUGCACUUGACCCCCAGGAAGAACACGUGCCUGUUUCGGAGCCACCCCGCACCUGCCAUUGGCGAUGCUGGUGCCCGCACCGUCCCGGCGCAGUGGCAAGGCGCGCAGUGCGAGCCGUUCCAGCAGCAAGCCACCGAGCUCAGCAAAACUGUGAGGCAAGUUCGGCGCAAGCUGGCGUCCUGCAAAACUGUGCCCGAAGGAGCCGGUCCCCCCGAGCUCCCUGGUGGGGUCUGGAGGCGAGAGAAACCAGAGUCUUGCAAGACGGGCACGGCGCCAGCGGAAGAUGAGGGCGAGGAACUGCUCCUAGCAGGACACCACGAUCUUCCGGCCGAACUGCAAGGCCAAGCCGAGCGAGACGAUGACUUCUACAUCAAAAUUGAAUUUGAAAAAGUCUGUGAUGGACUGGUGAAGGACUCGAGCUUGCCCGCGCCUCCCCAGAGGCUGCACGCAGAUUACCGAGCUCCCCUCGUGCUCUGGGCUGGUGCAGACCAAGAGGAAACCAAGAAGCAGCGUCAGCACGAGUACCUGAGAUACAGGCGCCUCUUCAUGAACGUCGAGCGAGAGCAGGUGAAGGAACAGCAGAGGCAGAAAGAGAGGCAGAGGAGAAUCGCCGAGAUUAAGAGCAAGAAGGAGAACCAGCGCCGGGUGGAAGAGCGGAAGAUGCAGGAGCUGGCUGGCCAGCAGGAACCCCCACCGGGAGAGGGAGCCUGGGAACCCCUGGCCCAGCUUAAACUGGAGGAGAGGAGGGUGAAGAAGGUUAAGGACAAACAGCAGCGAAAUAAGGAGUACGUGAGGUACAUCGAAGCUCUAAGAGCCCAGAUGAGGGAGAAGAUAAAACUGUAUCACAUUGACUUGCCCCUGCUGUGCUCCUGCGGGUCUGAUUUUUGGGACUCCCACCCGGAUACCUGCGCCAACAACUGUGUCUUCUACAAAAACCACACAGCCUACAGCCAGGCGCUGCAGUCCGUCCUUGCGUCCUGCGUCUCUGCGGACAGGAGCCCCUCGGCGAGGCCGCCGCUCCGAGGCUUGGCCGCUCUCUGCGCUCGCUCGGGGAAGCAUCUGUGACGCGGGCAGCCCGGCCUGCUCCUGCCUGUCCCUUCCAGCACGGCACCUUUGCUCUCCUGCUCCUUGUAGGAGCUCAGAUUUAAGCUGCGCCUCUCCCCAUUUGCUCCGGGUGUGCGGUUGGCCGGACCAGGAGUGCAGGGUGAUGGUAGGUGUGAAGGAGGUGAUUGCUCUGUGGUUUGUGGGCAGGCCCUUGAAUUUUUGGCAUUCAGCUGCAGAAUAAACUGUUCUCCAGGGUUGUUUGUCUCCGUGGGAGUGUGAAAUGAAGAGAAACAAUGUACGUGGGGUCAAUAGCUCUUGGGGUUUGAAACCCUCCCAGUUUCUAACCUCUUCCCACUCCCUUCUCUCCAUUUCCCUGUGGCUCCUGCCAGGGAUUUAUUGGUCCUUCCCUUUCUGCCUGCUGAGGGCCCUCCUCCGGUACCAUCCACCCACAGCUUCUAUUUUGCUCCAGAAAGGAGAUUUUUCCUAAGAAAAAAAUUGUAUUUAAUCUUCAAGUCUCUCUGACUCUGCUGUGCAGCUGCAGCCCCUUGCAGGGGUUUCUGGAGCAAGAUUGUUUUUACCAGGACGCUGCUUUUCCUCCCCGAAUUUAAAAUCCACAGAUUUUUCCCUGGAAAAACGACACCGGUGCAGUAACGUGUUCCUGGACAGGGGUUGCAUUAAUAUUUACUCCUCGCCAUUCCCCCUCCCGCCACCUCUCCAAUAUUAACCGCGGCAGGAAGGACGGGUGGCCGAGCGUGCCGGAUGAUUUCUUCUCCCUGUUGCCAUUCUGCUGGGCGCGAAGCAAAGCCACGACCCCUGUCCAGAGGUAGCAGGGAGGUGCUGAGCCAGGGGACGCUCCUCCGUUCUCCUUGGAGAAUCAUUCACCGAUUUAUUCGUGCUGCCCAGUGCUAUUUAUUAACCGCUGUUUGCGUCAGGGGAAGACGCCACGGACCUAAGAAGGGGUGUUGAGGCGGGUUUGUGAAGGGCGGGAUCUGGCCUGGGAGGUCUUUGCAUGUGCCAGGGCUGGGGAAGCUGUGAGUGUGUGUUUUCAGUGAUUUCGGGGCAGCUGAGGACACGCAGUUCCUUGGCAGGUCCCCAAGCCCUCGCUCCUGCCCUAGGGGCCCCCAUCCCACACCUUGGGGUGGCCCCCAAAGGGCCGUGGGCUGGUUCGGGGCUUAGUUGGAUGGUUAAAUAAAGCCGUUGCUGUG